UUCAGUUAACCAUGGUUUUAUGUCCUUUAUGGCUUUUCAGUUACGUUGAUCUCGGCCUAUUACAGUAUUGGAUGAAUUGAGUCUAUAAUUCAGUUUUCAAAAGGGAAAUACUCUUGGUUUCAGAGGAUACUGUAUACUGGUUUAUAAAAUAUCAACAUAUUCAAUGCUACCUGACACGAAAGACAUAUCUAAGAGGGAGGCUCAUAAUGGCUGUGCCAGUGCGGAAUUGCUCCUGAAAGAAUUGGAUGUUGAGGACUUGCCAAGUUCUGUUUUUGUGUGUGAUGUUCCGAAUAUGGUGUUCUGUGAAGAAGACGUUAAGGAAGAAUUUCAGAAUCUAUUCAGUCAUUUGAAUCCAACAAACUUUAUCUAUCUCCAAAAUUUUCGACGAGUUAAAGUCUAUUUUGAAUCAUCUAUGAAUGCCGCACAGGCACGAGUCUCAUUGCAUGGAUAUGAAUAUAGGAAUCAAACAAUUAAAAUAUAUUUUGCUCAGAUUCAGUCAAGUUCAGAUGAUGAGUCAUCAGACAGUCUUCUUCCUCCAAAACCUGAUCGAUUGUUUUUAAUUUCACCACCUGCAUCCCCGCCAGUUGGCUGGGAACCAAUACCAGAAAGUGAACCUGUUAUUAAUUACCAUCUUUUAUCAGCUAUUGCUUCCCUUCAACCUGGUGAGAGCCAUGAAAUUCACCCAGGAACUUUGUCAACACCAAGCGUAGUUGUCCAUACUUGUGAAGAGGAUGAAGCAGGAAGUUCUGUGGGGCAGCCUAAAUUAAAAAUACAACAAACCAGACGACCUGAUGCUCCCAGUUAACCACAAAAUAAUAAUAUUUAAGAAUAAAAGCAUGUAUGAAAAAAACACUUGAAUCUACUCAGAUUUACGAUCAUUGUCUAUUGUAAUCUGGGCAUAACGUGAUCAUCUAUCGUGUAUCGGCAACUUGUAAAUAUUGAAGCAGAGCAAAUUUCUUAUAUACUACGUUUUAUUUCUAUCAUUCAUUUAUUUUUGCACCAAUGCACUGUGAAGCUAAGUCCAAAUCAAACACCAAUGAUAUACAAGUUAUUGUCAAUACUUUCAAAUCAGCGCUGAACAGGUUGGACUUGGCUUGUACUGUGUACCUGCAUUUUCAACAUUUUACACAAUUUAUUAACGUCAAUAAAUUCCUGGUUACACCACGCAUGGUUUGUACCGAGUAAUAUUAAUCUUUUUUAUUUUGUGCACUUUUAACGUUUUUGCUUUGUAGCAUACAAUCAACUCUCGCCUCCAGACAAAAAUACAUUGUUGUGGAAAGUGAAAAAA